UUCAUUCCAUCGGAAUGAUAUUUUCAAAUUUUCAAAUGAAAAUGAUGUUUCAGGUCAAGUGCUAUCCACCUCCAGAUGCUUUCAAUCCAUGUGAAGAUUUGAUGGGUAACUGGGGAUUACGAAUUCCAGUGUGGUUCAUCUCUUUGUCAGCAGUUACUGGCAACCUAUUCGUCGUAAUAGUCAUCUCAACUUCCCAUUUCCGACUGACAGUGUCCAAAUUUCUGAUGUGUAAUUUAGCCAUAGCUGACCUGUGCAUUGGAAUUCAUUUAUUGUUGAUAGCUACAGUUGAUGCUUGCUCCAUUGGAGUUUACUUCAACUCUGCGAUAGAUUGGCAGGAAGGAAAUGGUUGCAAUGUAGCUGGUUUUCUUACUAUUUUCGGCAACAUACUUUCUGUUUACACCUUGGCUGUAAUCACGACAGAACGCUGGUAUACUAUAACCUGGGCUAUACACCUCAACAAACGACUCAAACUCCGAAAUGCUGUCAGAGUUAUGGUGGCUGGCUGGAUUUGUGCACUUCUGAUGGCCGUGUUACCUCUAAUAGGAGUUAGCAAUUAUUCCAGAACAAGUAUAUGUUUGCCUCUAGAAAACAAAGGAAAAGCGGAUGUCAUUUACUUGUCUACGUUAUUAGCUUUCAAUGCUGUAGCUUUUGCAUUGAUAUGUGUAUGCUAUGGAAGUAUGUAUAAGUCUAUACGAGAAGGGGGCCGUACAGGUUUCGCAACAUCUGUCCGCAGUGAUCUGACAGUAGCCAAGCGCAUGGCUCUCCUAGUAUUCACUGAUUUCGCAUGUUGGUCACCAAUCGCAUUUUUUGGACUCACCGCUCUCCUUGGUUAUCCACUCAUCACCGUGACUCAAUCUAAAAUUCUUUUGGUAUUCUUCUAUCCUCUCAACAGUUGUGCCAACCCUUGCCUCUAUGCACUCUUGACCCAGCAGUACCGAAGAGACUUCUUCAUUCUGAUGGGGCGCUAUGGACUGUGCAAAGACAGAGCCGAACGUCACAAAGGGGCUAUCGGUGGCAAACCCUUGCCUUACGGAACCGGCCUGCAGUAUAAGAGAACUUGUAUAGAUGGUGGGGUCAAAGUGA